AUGCGCGGAAGAGGGAACUUCAGAGAAAGCUCAAGACCCUUUCCCUCGGGAUACAACUUCUAUAACCGGCCGCGCGGAACGACUUAUCCGAACAGGAGAAGGCCCUUCAGAGGCAGGCCACGUGGUGGACCAUAUUGGCAAGGAUCCUUCCGCAAUCCACCUUACAACCCGGAGAUGCCGACCACAAGCACAUAUCCAUAUCCGACACCUGCUGAAUCCAAUCCUCGACAGCUAUUCAAUGCAUCCCAUCUACUGUGUAUCGUCGCCAUAACUAUGAUGUCGCUCACCGCAUUGGCAUCAGCUCAGUCAUAUCAGGUCUGUGGCACUAACCCAUCUGCCAAUAUCAUUGCUCUCCCUGUGCCAGUGAAUUGUACAGUAUCGUCAGAGGAACCUCUAAUGCGCAUGCCAGUCCGUCUUUACACCGAAACAGAUGAACCACUGCGCGUAAAUGCGACAAAGUGUUAUCGCGAUGUCGUCAAAGUGGCAAUUACAAACUUUCUUUAUAUACGAACAAAAAGAGAGAUUGUCGAGCGUUUCCGUCUUUCGGUUACCCGUGAAUUGUGCGACCAGAUGAGAGCGACUGUCACUGAUUACCCCGAUGAUUAUGUUGCUGACGUCUUUCAAUUUGAUUCCACAAGUCAGCCGACUCAGGCACCUCCGACAACAACUACCCAGACUCCUCGACCUCGAUCGACUCAGAAACCUUUACCAAUCACCUUACCUGAAAGACCUCGGACGGCUCCAAGUUCCUCCACCAGAAUCCCUCCAACUCAAGCUCCCAGCCAGUCCUUUCAUCGAGUGCCUCCAAGACCUCUAGCAACUCCCUCUACACGACUUCCUAUAAGACCUCCGUAUUUGCCCGUCCAAACGGCGACGCUCCAAAUCCAGACGCUUCAACGACCUCUACCUUCAUCACCAAAGUCCACGACUACUGUCUCUCCAAACCCUUCGAAGAAAGCUCGUGAAGUGGAUUCUUAUUAUCGAGAAACAUAUAAUAAUAUUUGUAAUCGGCAGUACCUCAACACCUUGCGAAUUCGCACGUUCAGUACUGUAGAGCCGACAUGGGCAGCAAGAGAACUUCUCCAGAGGAAUGAUGUAGUAGCAACGUUACAGGACAGUGAACUCUUCGUGACACGUUGCAGACCUGUGCAUCCACAGAAGAUUUUUGAAGACCACAGGGUGAAUGACACCUGCUACGUGCUUACACCCGUACAAGCUGAUGAUGCUAUAUGGAAAUCGCGCUUGCCUUACAUUAAGAUCCAUCUUUCCGGCAAGCCAGUUACGGCAUUGAUAGACAGCGGUUCGGCCAUUUCAUGUAUAUCCGUAUCCACUCUACGAUCCCUCAACAAAUCCCUGCCAGCUUCAUCUAACCCAUCUAUUGCCCUCGCAGCCAACGGCACAUCGAUCACAUUAUUGGCACAUGUGGAAUUACCGGUCAUCAUAAAUGGUCAUGCAGUAAGCCACAACAUGCAUGUAUUGAAGGAUGAAGAGUGUCCAGCACCAGCCCUUCUAGGUUCAGACUUCCUUCAACGUCUCAAUGAGCUAGGGAAGAAGAACAUCGUCUGUGACACGCUUUCUCGACACCUUCCUGAAGUCAAUGCUGUAACGACAUCACACGACGCCACUACUAGCUACCUAAAUCCUCUUAAAGCAAGGAAGGAACAGGAUGAUUGCGAGUGGAUAAGAAGCUAUAAAGAAGCUCUAAGAGACAACUGUGAUGUUCCCGAACUCACUGAGUAUAUUCUCAUCAACGACAUGCUCUACAAAUUGCCCGAACGAAUCUAUCAAAAUCCUCGAUUAGUCUUACCCGAAGAUUCUACGUUGAAGAAUCACCUCGUAGCCCACGUCCAUUCUUCUAAUUAUGGAAUAGCACACUUGGGCAUCAAGAAAACGUCAGCCGCAGUCUCUAAAUUGGCCAUAUGGAAUAACAUGUACAAAACCAUCCGUGAUUAUGUUACCAAUUGUAAGAUAUGCCAAGACCGCAAGGACCCGAAUGCAUAUCGUGUCAACGAGCCUCUUCAUCAGUUUGAAACGCCAAUUAGACCAUGGCAGCGUGUGCACUCGGACGUGAUUGGUCCUCUACCACUUACGCUGGAAGGAAACAAAUUCAUAAUUGUUUUUGUUGACGCCUUUUCCAAAUAUAUCAUUGCGGAACCUAUUCCCGAUCAAAAAGCUGACACUUCCGCUGACGUCUUCAUCAAUCGUUGCGUCGCCAGAUUUGGAACUCCCGAACUACUGGUAACCGAUCAAGGCUCUAACUACAUGAGUGAAACAUUCAAGGAAGCUCUCAAGGUACUAAACAUUGUGCACAAGACCAGCACGCCUUAUCACCAUGAGAGCAACGGACAAGUUGAAAGAGCGAACAGGACGAUUCAGGAACUAAUUUCAAUGGCUACCAAAGAUCAUCCAGACCGAUGGGACAAUGUAAUCCAUAUGACUAUUUACGCCUACAAUACCUCGAAGAACUCUACUACAAAGUACUCUCCAUAUACCGUUAUCCAUGGAUGUGAACCUAACAACCCAUUCCGUGCGGCCCUCCAACUACCUGCGAGAAAGUUCGUUGAUGAAAAUGACUAUGCUAGCCAGCUGACUAUGAUCUUGAAGAAUGUAUGGCAGGACGUUCACCACAACAUGGAAGAAGCCCAACAGGUCCAGAAACAUCAAUACGAUCUCAGAAAAAGAACUUCACCAAAAAAAUUUAAAAUAGGACAAAAAGUACUUAUAAGAAAACCAACAGGACAUAAACUCGCACCUCGAUUUGAAGGACCAUUUGAAAUAAUCGACAUCGAUCGUCCCAACAUCACCAUCCGGGAUGGACGACGCAGUCGCGAAGUUCACAUGAAUGGAGUCAAAAUCUACAAUGAAGCAGACAUGACUGAAGGCCAAAACAAUGUUUGA